ACAUCAAACAUGGCAAACAAAAUGAAAUUGGUUAGAAACAUCAACCGGGAGUCCAAGAAGUUCAUAUUAGGAGUUUUCGUCAUUGGAUGCUUCCUGAUCUCCAUGACCUUCUUUGUGUUGUCUCAACCUCAGGCAAUUGCUGUUCCCUUUUUGCAUCUGGCUCCAAGCACUCCCAAGGCCACAGACACAAUACAUUCUCAACAACCGGGUGAAGUUUCAGGACAAGACAAUGAAACAGAGCAGAGCAAGCUGGAAAUCAAGAGAAAACUUGAGACUCAGGAGAAUAGCAUAGAAAGUGAUGACUUAAAAGCCCAUCAAGAUGAAAUGGAUGAUGAACAUAGCCUUAUCAUGACUUUGGAUAACACCACUGUUGAUUCAGUUCAGAGGGAAACUCUGAGCGCUUCUGAUGAACUAGACAGCGAUAUCAACAUGCAGGAGAGAAGCACCAAAAGUGAUGAAUCCAACUCCUAUGGAGGGAGCAAAAAUGAGAUCAAGGAUAAAAGCACUACAUGUGAUGACCCCAAUUCAGGUCAAUGUGAGAAGCAUGGGGAAGCAAGACCCCAGGAGAACUCCAAUCCUGACAAUGUUGAUCCAACUCAGGAAGAAAACAAGAGAAGUUCCAAGCAAUUCGGUGUUGGGGGCCAAAUUAUGAAUCAAGAGAAGAAGCCAUUAUGUGAUUUUUCACACUACCGAGUAGACCAAUGUGAAAUGCAUGGAGAUAUCAGAAUUCAUCGGAACCCUUCCUCUGUUAUAUCUGUGGAAUCCACUGAAAGAAGUGAAUCAUGGCAAGUUAGACCAUACCCUCGCAAGGGAGACAACGUUGCCCUUGGCCAUGUUACAGAGGUGACAGUCAAAUCAAGCAAAGAAGGCCCUGAAUGCAGCAUAACUCACAAUGUCCCUGCUAUAGUUUUUUCAGUUGGUGGAUACACAGGAAACCUCUUCCAUGACUUCACUGAUGUAAUGCUACCAAUCUUCUUAACAGCCAACCAAUUUAAUGGAGAGGUGCAGUUCAUCAUAACCGAGACUAGGCCUUGGUGGAUGCACAAGUAUCUACCUGUGUUCCAAAAGCUUUCUCAGUACGAAAUCAUCGACUUCGACAAUGAUGACCAAGUUCAUUGUUUCAAGCAUGUAAUUGUGGGUCUUCGAGCUCAAAUAGAGUUCAGCAUUGACCCCUCACAAGAUCCUAAUGGGUAUUCCAUGGCCGACUUCGGUCGGUUCAUGAGAAGUGUCUACUCAUUGGAGAGAGACACCAUUACUAGAAUCGAAGAUCACCCCCACAGAAAGCCAAGGCUUUUGAUCAUAUCAAGGCAGACAACCAGAAGAUUCACAAAUGUUAAUGAGAUAGUUCAAAUGGCAGAGGAUCUGGGCUAUGAAGUGGUGGUUGAUGAUGCUGAUAUAGGAUCUGACAUAGCUCGGUUCGCGAAAAUUAUUAACUCUUGCGACGUGUUGAUGGGAGUGCAUGGGGCUGGACUCACCAAUCUGGUGUUCCUGCCAGUGAAUGCAACCAUUAUUCAGAUAGUACCAUGGGGUGGUUUAGAAGGGAUAGCUAUGUUUGAUUUUGGAAAUGGAGCCAAGGCCAUGAAGCUGAACUAUGUGCAGUAUAGUAUCAGCGUAGAAGAGAGCACACUGACAGAGAUAUACCCAAGAGACGACCCUGUGUUCAGGGACCCCUUGUCAUUUCAUCAACGAGGCUGGGAUUUUCUGAAGGACACAUUCAUGAACAAACAGAAUGUGAAGCUAGAUAUAAACAGGUUUAGGAAUGUUCUGUGGAAAGCCCUUGAGCACAUGAUGCAAUAGAAAAAGAUGUUUCUUGAAGGCUAUCUUUCAAUUCAUUUAUUCUCCAAUGAAUUUUCAUUUAUGCUGAAAAGAUUUCACUAGAAAGAUGUCUACAGUUUGAAGAUCAGCUUUGAUGAAUGAUCUUGUAAUGAAUAUUUCUGUAGAGGACAUUGUGUGGUUCAAUCUCCCUUUCAUUCAACAAAAAGAAUAUGUCUUAGAGGACCUUUUCUCUUCUGUUGGUGUUGGGCUCUAAGCAGAGCUUGUUGCUCUAUUAAACAGUAUCUGUAAAU